UAAAAAAACGCAUAAAAAAAAGGAUAAAGAAAAGAACACAUGGGUGUGUUUCAAGUUUCAACUCCACCAAAGAUGAAGCCUGCAUCUGUCUCUAACGUCACUCAACUUGCGGAGCCUCUCCUUCUGCCACCGGACUGUGAACAAUCUCCGGAAAACCAGACUCAGCAAAAUGGAUCCAUUUCCGGAGCGGUCUUCAACAUAUCAACCACCAUGAUCGGCGCCGGAAUCAUGUCCAUUCCGGCCACCAUGAAGGUGCUGGGAAUAGUUCCGGGCUUCCUGCUCAUACUUUUGGUCGCACUCGUGACAGAUGUCACUGUCGAGUUUAUGCUACGCUACACAACUUCAGGUAAAUCCACUACUUACGCCGGCAUGAUGGCCGAAUCUUUUGGCUUCAUAGGAUCCCUCGCCGUCAAGAUUUGCGUCAUCAUAACCAAUUUUGGUAUACUAAUAAUCUACUUCAUUAUUCUUGGUGACGUUCUGUGUGGAAAUGAGUCGAAUGGAACGACACACUUGGGUAUUCUUCAAGAAUGGUUUGGCAUGUACUGGUGGACCUCUCGAGCUUUUGCUCUUCUCAUUGUUGCCCUCUUUGUAAUGCUUCCACUUGUUAUGUUACGGCGUGUUGAUUCACUGAGGUAUAGUUCUGCAAUAUCAAUCCUUCUAGCAUUGGUGUUUAUUGCAAUAUGCUCAUCUAUGGCCCUUAGUGCAUUGUGGUCCGGCAAAACUCAAUCACUGAGGAUUGUGCCUGAUUUCUCUCAAGUCACUGUCCUUGAUCUUUUCACCACUGUCCCAAUCUUCGUGACCGGUUUCGGCUUCCAUGUCAACGUUCAUCCAAUUAGAGCAGAGCUUGGAAAAGCUUCACACAUGGGUUUGGCCGUGCGAACUUCGUUAACAAUCUGUGUGGCUAUUUACUUCGCUAUUGGCUUCUUUGCAUACCUUUUGUUUGGUGAUUCCAUCAUGCCCGAUGUGCUAGUAAACUUUGACCAAAACUCCGACACCACUGCUGGUCGAUUGCUGAAUGACAUUGUUCGGUUAAGCUAUGCACUCCAUCUUGCACUUGUGUUCCCCAUCAUGAACUAUUCCUUUAGGGCCAACAUAGAUGAACUCAUUUUCUCAAACAAAAAUAAACCUCCACUUGCAUCAGACACAACAAGAUUUGUGUCACUCACUUUGACUCUGCUAGCCCUCACAUACUUGGUGGCUGUGGCCAUCCCAAACAUAUGGUAUUUUUUUCAGUUCUUGGGAUCCACAACCGUUGUUUGUACCUCAUUCAUCUUCCCUGCUGCUAUCGUUCUAAGGGACAUGCAUGGCAUAUCAAAGACAAGAGAUCAAGUCAUGGCAAUAGUGAUCAUAGUUUUGGCUGUGGGCACAAGUGGCAUUGCUAUUUGGACCAACUUCAAUGGUUCAGGGACUGAUUAGUGAUUAACUGUGAUGUUGUAUAUAUACCACCCUGUCUUUUCAAGUGUUAGGGAAUUGAAGCCUCAUCAAAGAUCUAGCAGUAUGGUCCCUAAUUGCAAAGAUUCAGAGGGAUUAAGAUCUUCUACAGUUGUGGGAAUAUCUCCAUGAAUUUGGUCCUUAAUUAUGUAAAUUUAUUUUUUUAAAAUUAUUUCUAUAAAUUUUAAAGGUGAGAGAGAUUGAUAUCUACGCAUCCUGUAUUUUGAAAUGGGUAGUUAUGCAUGAAUAGCUUAUAGCUUAAUAGUGUAAAAACAUCUCAUUGAUAGUCAAUUUUUUUCUCUCUCUCUGUCGCA